AUGAUACAACGGGUUCCAGAGGGAAUGGGUCAGAUUGGUCCACGCUUCUCCAAUCGAUAUCUGAAUGGCCAGGCCCACCUGAGAACCUGCACAGGAGUUCAACGGGGAACGGGGAGUCCUCCAGCAAACUCUUCGACGAGCAAGUUAGAGAGAGAAGUGGAAUGCCAUAUCAGACUGGACCACCCACUCAUUACUGCUCUCGUCGAGAGAUGGCGCACAGAGACUCAUACAUUUCAUUUCCCGACCGGUGAGGCCACCGUCACAUUGCAGGACGUAUCUGUCCUAUACGGUCUACGGAUUGAUGGGCGAGCAGUUACUGGACUUGACCCAUCAUUGACGACGGAGCAGUGGAUAGCGCUAUGUGCUGAGCUAUUGGGAGUAGCACCUACACUUGCAGACUUACAGGCAGGUAGAGUGAGGGUGAGGUGGCUGUCGGAGCAUUUUCAGGGCGAUUUUCCAGAUGAUGCUGCAGAUGAGUUAGUACAGCAGCAUGCGCGAGCAUAUAUUCUGUGGCUUAUUGGGGGUGUACUUCUCCUUGAUAAGUCACAGAACCUGCUCAAGCUGAUGUAUUUGCCACUGUUGAGAGACAUUGACGUCAUCGGCCAGUACAGCUGGGGCGCCGCGGCUUUGGCAUGCUUGUAUAGGAUGUUAUGUCGAGCCACUCAGGUGGGUGUGACUCAGAUCGGAGGACCCCUUGUCUUGCUACAGAUUUGGGCGUGGGAGAGAUUGAUUCGCAUUGCGCCGUCUAGGCGGCAAGUGGUUGCUCCUGGUAAGGUUCCCAUCAGCCAGGGAGACAUGCAGUUGCCAGCCGGACCUCGAGGUAGCCGAUGGAGGGUUGACAUGGGCCACGAGGUCGUAUCGACCCACGUAGUCGUCGUGUAUAGAGACCAGCUUGACCGGAUGAUAGAGGGCGAGGUCUGGUAUUUCAGUUAUAUCUGUUGGGAUCGGAUGUCCAAGCAGCAGAUUGGGACUGGCCAUAGAGUUGGAGCCCUCUAA